UAUGAAUAAAACUGACAGAGUUAGCCCAUCCAAGGAAUAUUGGGAAAGAAAAUUGUUGGCUGUUACCAGCAGUCAUUCCAUUAGCAAUUUAGGGAGUAUAAGAUGGGAAUUAUGUCUAUGUUUACUAGCUGCUUGGGUAAUCGUAGUCAUAUUUGUCAGCAGGGGUAUCAAAUCAACUGGAAAAGUUGCUUAUUUUACUGCAACUUUCCCUUACCUCAUGUUAACUGUUCUGGUUGUCAGGGGAGUCACCCUUAGAGGAGCUUCAGAUGGAAUCACUUUCUUUGUAAUGCCACAAUGGGAGAAGUUGCUAUCUCCAGAUAUUUGGUUUAAUGCUGCUACACAGCUAUUUUACAGUACAAAUAUUGGAUGGGGAGGAAUGAUAACGAUGGCUUCCUACAACGAGCGAAGUCAUAACUGCUUUCGUGACGCAAUUGUUAUAAACUUUGUUUCUUUUUGUACUUCGCUGUACGCUGGAUUUGCUGUUUUCUCUAUCAUUGGUUUUAUGGCUACAGAAAGUGGACUUGACGUCGGAGAUGUUAUUCAGAGCGGACCUGAACUUGCAUUCAUUGUAUACCCAAGAGCCCUUGCUCUUAUGCCUUUGGCACCUAUGUGGAGUGCGCUUUUCUUUUUUAUGCUUUUCUUAUUGGGAAUUGGAAGUCAGCAUAGAUUUACUCAAAGAAUUUUGAGCGCCGUCUAA